GUUGUAACCUCAGUCACUAAAUUAAUGGUUGUAUGUUGAGGAAUACCUGUACCUUGAUGAACCUUGUAUGGGAGACAAAAAGACACAGAAGGACAUAGCUUUUGGGAGUGGUAGUUUGUAAACAUUUCCUUUUCUCUUAAAGCCUUCCUCCAUCUUCCUGACUCUUCAUGAGCAAAACAUCUGGUAGCCAAGAAGGGAGCCCUUCCCUGUGAACCCAACCUCAAGGAUGCCCUGGAACGUCAAGUGGUUGAAUAGCUGCAACAGCUACAGCUCCCAGUCUCAGAAACAAUGCAAGAAAUCCUCUUUUGCUUUCUAUCAAGCUGUGAGAGACCAGCUACCAGUAUGGCUCCUGGAAGACAUGAGGCGCAUGGAGGUUUUCCACUGGCAAGAAGGAGGCAAAGUCAGCACAUAUUCACCUUCAGAGGCACUGCUGUAUGCCCUGGUACACAACCACCAGCCUUAUGCCCGAUAUUUACUGAACCAAUUUCCUAAAAGUGCCUUUGCAGUACCGAGCCUUCACUUCAGCUGCUGCCACUCUUCAGCUCCUCACUUAGCUAUGGCUGUCCGGUACAAUCGUAUCCAUGUCCUAGUAGAGAUUCUGAAGGCCAUCAAAAACUUACCAGUAAGCGACCGAGCUACCUAUUUGGACCGCCGAGGUUGCAGUCGAGUGGAAGGUGGCAAAACAGCCCUUCAUGUGGCAUGUGAACUGGCCAGGCCGGAGUGUUUGCUUUUGCUGCUGGGUCACGGAGCCUCGCCUUGCCUUGGUGACUGUGCUGGGAACACACCUCUAGACCUACUUCUACAACAAAUUUGGGAAAGUCCAGCAUCAAAUCUCCGCACCAAGCUUCUCCUUCUGGACACGCUCUUGCUCUUUAUGCCUACAGGCUUCCCUUUUGCCAUGAAACAGCAACUGCGGGAAGACCAGCAGCCCUGGCAGGACCUUCUGGGUGUUAGUCGGUAUCAGUGGAUGGCUGGUUUUGCUCCUUUCUCUCUCUUUGUUAGAUCCAUGCAAGUUUUAAUUGGGAGCAUUUCACGCGAACAUUUCCCAGAAGCUCUGGAUGGUCUACCUUUGCCGCACUUUCUGAAACCUUUGGACCUGAUGUUGAAGGGCUAAGAUUAUUAUAAGCUAGAGACCUCCUUCUCUCACUUGGACUGACUGACUCUCUCCCCCCCUCUCCCUCCUUUCAAUUGCUGCUUGUGUGAUGAAAAUAGGUUGUGUGGAGAACCCAUGUACUGAAAAACGAACUCUGUGUGGGAGAAGGAGAAGCACUUGUUUUAAUUAGAGACCUUUUUCCAAAGAUUUUAAUAUGUUGUGUUUUAUUUAACUAUCGCUCAGUCGGAGAGAGUGGAACACCUAGAGUGCAUUCUAAAAAUAAAUUCCAUUUUAUGGCAGGAUGCACAGCUUAAAGCUUAACUUGGGCAUGAUGAUUUGUAGACAGUCCAAGUGAAUUAGCAUUUUAGGCCAGAAGCUAAAAAAAGCAAUGAAACAGAGAGUAGCUUCUGUAAUCCAUAAUAGAUCAACGGUAAAUAAUGCACCAAGUGGAUAUUGAUUGGUGCAAAAGAAACACCUGCAUGUACUCCCAAACAGCAAAAGGUUUGGAGUAUGUCCAGUUUUUCAACCUUUUCUUUGUCAACUUCAAAUUAUGUGCCACAGGAUUGUAUGUAAUUUAAACAAACACAACACAACCAGAGAUUGAAAUGUUGGUUUAAGCUAUUACCUCUGAUAGAGUUAUGUCCAGCUAAUGUGAAAAGGAACAAAAAUACCAUUUUGUAUAAAAUAGCUAUUAGAUAUUAGAAAAAUUUGAACUAUUGGCCAGAUCUCCUUACUCUCUUGCUCUCUCAUUAUUUUCUCAUGACAAUAUAUUGCAAGAGUCAAUUUCUUAAAAGAAUUAUUGUUAUUUUCUCUGCCACCAAUAGCUCGCUUUUAUUUAAAAGUACACACAUCCAAGAGGAGGUCAAAUCAGCAGAGCAUUAAACAAAUCAUUAAAUACAUAGCAAUCUCCACUGUAUUAAUAAGAACAAUCAUAGUGGAACAAUAAAAGCAGUAACUAUUUCAGCAAGUAGUGAAAACUGAAAAAACAUUCAAAGUCAAAGAAAUAUUUUUGCAGCCAUUCAAAAAUUAUUUGAGAUCAGAAGGAAUAUUGAUGAGGAUCAAGAGCCAAGAUGUAAAAAUGCAAAGCUUCACAUACCCUUAUUGCCAUUGUUCUCUUCAGAAUCAUUUCUCAUCUGUCUUGCUGUCUGUCUGUCUGUCUGUCUGUCUAUUACAUUUCUAUAGCCACACAGUUCACAUAGUAACUCUUCAUUUCAUGAACCUUUUUAAGAACAUGAGGCUAUAAACAUUAGCCCACUGAAUACGGUAGACAUCUACUGGUUAUUCUUACAGAUUGGUUCCAUAUCUCCUCACAAAAUGGUUCAGAAAGACAAAAAGUGUUUUGGAUGAGAAUAAGAUGCAAAAGAGGGCCAAAUUGUGCACUCGCCAUCACCCAGAUUAAUCUAACAAAUCAAUGCAGGUCCAGAAGGAUUACACCGAGUCCCUCCCCCUUUGUACACAA